UUGGAGGAGAAAGUGAUCGGCGCGCAUGGGGAAGUGAAGGCGGCGUCGGAGGAGGAGCCGGCGUGGAGAAUGAGAGGCACCAGAAUGGACCAGCCUACCAGGCCGUGUUUGAUGCCUAACCCACCGCCAUGAGCCAGAAGUUUUAAUCCGAUCUACGUCCACGGUUAGUUGGCUAGGGUCGAGAUUCCCGGGCCUCAGCUUAGGUCCGCGGUGUGGUUUGGCAACCGACUCGCGCUGUUUUUUGGUCGUGGAGGAGAUGGAGAAGGCAGGUAUUGCCAGUGCUUUCGAUUGAUAUCAGAGGGAGAGGCGAGAGCCAACUCUGCGCCCGCUCUGAUGAUCCCCUCCGGGUUAAAUCCCCAAGCGGAAGAUUCAAAUUCACUUCUUAGAUGAAGUACCUGCUGCUGUUGUAAGAAAGGGCGCAAGGAAAGGAAGUUCGCGCCACAACGGUUCUUCCUUGUUCCAUUUUGAAUAGCAGCAAGAAAGUGAAAUAAUACGCCUUUUCCUUAUUAGCCUUCUUCCUCUUCCUCUUCUGUCGCCGUUUCCUAUUGAUGGAUUUACUUGCUUUUACUUUCUUAUGGUUGCUGUACAGUUCCGUUCAUCCAGUGGAUUCUUGGUACUUUGUGUUUUUGUUAUUUAGCUCUUGCUAAUGUGUGAAAAAGAGAAGAUGCUGCUGCCUGCUACUUUGGCUAUUUAUUUCAUCCAUUAUGAAUUCUUUGAGAAGCAUCUGUCUUUGAUAGUGAUGCCCAUGUGUGAGAUCUUCAGCAAAUGGUAAGACCCAAGUCUGUUUCCUCAUCUGUGUCGUCAUUCAUUCGGUCAUGUUUGAAGCACCACCCCUCUUCUUCCCGUUCUUUCUCGGCUUCAGUGGGAUUAAAAAAUACCUACAGAGACAACAAUAGUGGCAUCCAGAAGAAAUACUUGCCUGCCCAUUCAUUGCUUAUGCGGUCAGAAGCUGGUCAUUCUGUUUGGUUAAGCGAAGACCAUAAACUGGACCGGAGUUUUCUGCAAACCCUGUGCAACAAUUCCAGCGACGAUGAGAUCGAGAAGGCAUUGGUUGCUUUUGAUGAGAUGCAGUUUAGUCGUGUUCAUAAACAGUCAGUGUUCUUAUGCAACCGUUUGUUGGGUGUUCUUGUGAGACGAGGAAGGUGUGAAGAUGGGUUCUUGGUCUAUUUCAAGAUGGUUAGCUCCGGCAUUUCUCCUAGUUUAGUUACUCUCAAUAUCCUACUCAAUUGUUUUUGUAAAGCUCAUCAGAUUGAAUCCGCAUUUGCGGUGCUUGGCGGUAUGCUGAAGACUGGGUUCUCGCCCUCUACUAUCACUUUUAAUUCACUGAUUGACAGUCUGCUUAAGUCAGGUAGGUUGGGUGAAGCUUUAGGGAUGCUGGCUUCAAUGUGCAGUGAGGGUUGUGAUCCUGAUGUGGUUACUUAUACCUGUCUCAUAGAUGGAGCUUGUAAAAUGGGUAGGCUUGGGGAUGCAAGAUCUCUGUUACGAGAGAUGGCUGUCAGAGAUAUUGUUGCCGAUUUAGUUACCUAUACUACAGUUAUAGACGGCCUUUGCAAGGAAGGGCUUGUGGAUGAGGCUUAUGAACUCUAUAAAGAGAUUAGUAUAAAAGGAUUCUGCCCUAAUGUUGUAACUUUCACGAUUUUGAUUCAUAGGCUCUGCAUUGCUGGUCAGUGGCAAGAAGCAAAAGAAUUGUUUCAUAAGAUGUUAGAUUCAGGAAUCAAACCAAAUGUAGUAACAUUCAGUGCUCUGGUUCAUGGUUUUAGUGAACAUGGAAUGAUAGAGGAAGCCAUUCAAUUUGUACGUUUGCUGCUCAAAAUGGGUGAGUCUCCUAACGGAUAUACAUUUGCACCAAUUAUAGGAAAUCUAGCUAAAAAAGGUAGAAUGGAUGAAGCAAUGCAGUUCAUCAGCCAUCUUUUGAAGAGAGGUGUUUCACUAAAUUUUAUAACAUAUGGCAUUCUCAUAUGCGGCUUAUUUGAGACCGGCAGAGUAGAUGAAGCCGUAGCAUUGUACAGUUAUAUGCUAUCCGAAGGUUACCAGCCUGAUGUGUUUAUCUAUAAUUGUCUUAUUGAUGGAUUUUGCAAAGCAGGCCUGCUUGAGCAGGCAAAUGCUUUGUUACAUGAAAUGAAUGUGGAGGGAAUUAAACCCAAUGUAGUAACUUACAGCAUGAUUAUUGAUAGCCUUUGCAAAGAAGGUUUUCUUGAUAGAGCUGUGGAAGUGUACGAGGAGAUGAAUGAAAAAGGUAUUUUUCCAGACACAAUUACCUUCAAUAUCUUGAUCAACAGAUUCUGCAUAGAAGAUAGAUGGGAAGAAGCAAAAGACAUGCUUAAUAACAUGUGGAACCGGGGAAUUAGACCUGAUGUUGUUACAUGUACUAGCAUCAUUGAUGGGUAUUGUAAGAAGGGAAGAGUGAAUGAUGCUGUUGAUUUUCUGAGUUUUAUGUUUGAGGUGGGUGAACUGCCUAAUGUGUAUAUGUGCAACAUUAUAAUGGAUGGUCUUUCCAAAGGAGGGAGAGUGAAUGAAGCAUUUCAGUUGGUCACUUACCUUCUCAAGAGUGGAACCUGCUUGAAUAUUGCGACUUACAGUAUCCUCAUAAGUGGUUUAUGCAAGUCUAAUAGAGUGGAUGAAGCAGAAUCCAUCUAUAACUACAUGCUGUCCAUUGGUCAUGAGCCUGAUGUGGUCAUAUACAAUUCUCUUAUAGAUGGGCUUUGUAAGGUAGGCAAGGUCAAUGAUGCUAAGGUCUUGGUGAAUGAAAUGGUACUAAGAGGAACCAGUAUUGAUAUAGUUACAUGCAAUGUGUUUAUUGAUGCUCUCUGUAAAGAAGGCCUUCUGGAUGAAGCUUGGAUGGUUUAUGAAGAGAUGCUAGGGAAAGGUCUUUGUCCUAAUGUCGUUACUUUUAACAUUUUCAUUCACAGUUUCUGCAGUCAUAGGCGGCAUGAAAAAGCAAAGGCACUAAUCGGUGAGAUGUUGGUCCAAGGAAUAAAACCAAACACAGCUACUUUUAAUGGAUUGGUUGGUGGACUCCAUAAAAGUGUGAGCAUCGAUCAUACGAUUGAUUAUCUACAUGCUGUAGCUGAAAUGGACAAUGUCUGUGUAUCAUAAAAUGAACGUUUACUGCCAAAAGCAGUUGAUAUGCGUCGAUUUGAAUGUUGAAAUAGUGGUCGAUCAGCCUAAUAUUUCCAUCUCCCUAAAAUA